ACCCCAGCAACGUGUGGUACACCCCGACGUUCCGGAUCUCCGUGAGCAGAGGUGGGAAUGCUGAGCUGCCCUGCCUCAUCACGGCCCCCGAGUACGGCUCCAGCGUGACGCUGACAGCAGAUGACACCUCCCAUCUCUCACCCGGGACCAACUACUCCUUCAGCUCUGAGAAAGGAAUAACGCUGUACAACGUGCAAAGCAAGCAGAAGGGCUACUACCGAUGCCAAGCGGUGGUGAAUGGAAGAGUAGAGAAGUCAGCAAGAAUCAAACUGAUUGUGAACGAAGCACUGGAGAAGCCUGUGUCAGUGGUGAUGGAGACUAUGGACCACGUGCGGAUCGUGGGCGAACCCUUCGAGGUGACCUGCAGAGUAACUGCUCCUUCCCACAAGUAUGACAUCGGAUGGGUGACAGCAGCAAGAAGUGUCAGGACAAGUAAAAAGCCUACCUUUGAAAAUGAGAACUACAUCAUCAACACCACCCUGUCCAUCCCAGCAGUGACCAUGGAAGACAGUGGGCAGUACACUUGUGUAGCUAACAACUCAGCAGGGUUCAGGAAUGCUUCAACAAUGCUUCGGGUGGUAGAGAGUGGUUAUGUGUUCCUGACCCCAGUGCAAGCCACCAGCCAGGAGGUUGCUUUGGGAGAGAGUCUGAAGCUGCAGGUCCACAUUGAGGCUUACCCAAAACUUCUCCACUGGGGCUGGGAGCACAAAAACCCCCUGAAGAGCUCUGGGAGCACCCCAUACAAUGACCAAAUGAUCUCUGGAAACAACUGGUACAACAACACGCUCUCCCUGAACCGCCUGCAGGAAGGAGAGGGAGGUCUCUACACAUUUCAUGCCCUCAACAAUGAGACCAAUGCUUCAGUUACCUUCAGUAUUUCUGUGAAAUCUCCUCCAAGGGUCUGCAAAAUCAGGGUGCCAGCCAACGACUCCAGCAUCCUGCAGUGCCUGGCCAUCGGGUACCCUGCCCCUCGCAUCGAGUGGUACCUGUGCCCUGUUCACUCUGAGAGACAGGACGAAGGCUACAGGCUGCUGUGGAAUGACUCCAGCCCCCAGGUGGUGAACGUGUUGCCCUUCCGAGAGGUGGAGGUGGAAAGUGUUGUCCAGUUCCAGGAGCUGGGUGCCAAUUUCACCUUCUGCUGUGUGGCCAUUAACAGAGAGGGGAAUGCUUCUGACAUGUUUCACUCUCUCACCAUCACCAGAAGUGUCAUGGCACCCCCAAACAAGCUCUUCAACCCCAUCCUCUCCACCUGCAUAGGCACACUGGUCCUGCUGCUCCUCCUGCUCCUCUUCCUCCUCUACAAGUACAACCAGAAACCCAAGUACCAGGUGAGGUGGAAGAUCAUCGAGGCCUGUGAAGGAAAUAACUACAUCUUCAUCGACCCCACUCAGCUGCCAUACAAUGAAAAAUGGGAGUUUCCCAGGAACAACCUCCAGUUUGGAAAAACUCUUGGAGCAGGAGCCUUUGGGAAAGUGGUAGAAGCCACUGCUUUUGGGCUGGGCAAAGAAGAUUCAGUCCUCAAAGUGGCUGUGAAGAUGCUAAAGUCAUCGGCAGACACGGAUGAACAGGAGGCUCUCAUGUCCGAGCUGAAGAUCAUGAGCCACUUGGGACACCAUGAGAACAUUGUUAACCUGCUGGGAGCAUGUACCUAUGGAGGGCCAAUCCUCGUCAUCACCGAGUACUGUCGCUAUGGAGAUCUGCUGAAUUUCCUGAGGAAGAAGGCUGAAUCCAUAAUUAUCCAGGACUCUUCCCUGGACACCUCUUUAGACAGUGCUGCUGAUUACAAAAACGUUGAUGUAGAGAAGAAGUACAUCCGCAGUGACAGUGGCUUUUCGAGCCAGGGUUUGGAGACUUAUGUUGAAAUGAGGCCUGUGUCAUCAUCAUCAUCUUCAGCGUCAUCAGACUCUGCGCAAGCCAGGGGGAAAAGCUCAGAGGAAGAGGAUGAAGCCAGGGAGGACCUCCGUCCCCUCAACCUCUCUGACCUGCUACAGUUCUCCAGCCAGGUGGCCCAGGGCAUGGCAAGAGGUCUCACAGCGCUCUCCUCUCCCCAGUGCAUCCACCGGGACCUGGCAGCCAGGAACGUGCUCAUCUCAGCCGGGCGGGUAGCCAAGAUCUGCGACUUCGGCCUGGCCCGGGACAUCAUGAACGACUCCAACUACGUCGUGAAGGGCAACGCCCGCCUGCCCGUGAAGUGGAUGGCCCCAGAGAGCAUCUUCGACUGCAUUUACACCGUGCAGAGCGACGUGUGGUCCUACGGCAUCCUGCUCUGGGAGAUCUUCUCCCUCGGUAAAAGCCCUUAUCCUGGCAUGGUGGUGAACAGCAAGUUCUACAGCAUGGUGAAGCAGGGGUACCAGAUGGCCAGGCCCGACUUUGCUCCCCUGGAAAUGUACAGCAUCAUGCAGGCCUGCUGGAGCCUGGAGCCCACCCAGCGACCCACCUUCGACCAGAUCGGCUGCUUCAUCCAGAAAGAACUGGAGGUGCAUAAGGAACAGGACUACACCAACCUGCCCUCCACUGCUGAGGAAGACAGUGGCUGUGAUACCUCUGGCUGCUGUGAAGAGUCCUGCGAGCAAGAGGAGAGUGGUCAGCCCCUUCUCAAGAGCAACAACUACCAGUUCUGUUAG